GAUUUCAUGAUUUGAAAGUUGGCGUGUCGAAAAGUUUAAAGAAACAAUAUAAAUAUAAGAGAGAUGAUGUAAACAUAAAAGUUGUUACGAUCAUUUCAAUGAAUCAAUCAGUGUACAGUGUUCUUGGCAAAUCCAGUGCAAAUCAACAUUUGAGGACAUCCUGUAGAAAAUGUGGCUAUGCAGGCCAUUUGACAUUUCAGUGUCGAAACUUCUUGAAAGCAGACCCUAGCAAAGAAAUUGUGCUCGAUAUAAGCAGUACGAGUUCAGAAUCAUCAGAUGAUGAGGAUGAUAAUUUCAUUUCUCCUUUACAAAAAUUGAAUAAAGAUUUAUCGAGUUCUUCACAUAAAAUGAAAAAGAAGAAAAAAAAAAAAAGACGAUUGAGCGAAAAAGCGAGCGAUUCAACAACAACUGACCUUUCGGUUCCCACAUCGAAAUUAAAAAAGAAAAAACAUGCCACUUCAAGUGAAGGCCUGAAGGAACAAAAGCACAAAAAAGUUAAAGGCCGACACAAAGAUGAUGACGAUGGUGAUGAUAGUGGCAGACGGAAAAAGAAUCAUCAUGGUACAGAUGAUGAACAUGAGAAUAAUGUUGGCACACGAAAACGAAAACAUCAUCAUAAAGGUAAUGAAGAUGAGGAUAAUGAUGAGGUGCAAAGACGAAGUCAUCAUCACAAAAGUGAUAAAGAUGGAGAGCCGAAAAAGAAAAAAGCAAAGAAAAAAAAGUCCAAAAACCAUAAAGCCUCAGACUUUGAAUGAAAUACAAAUUUUUUAUGUUCAAUAAUAACACAACACAAUUUUAACAAUUUUUUCAUUGUUGAUUUUAUUUACACUCUGAUCAAUGACGAAUUAUACUUUUAAUAAAAAGAGAUCAAUUUUAAUGAAGUUUUAUUUUAUGUAAAAUUACGCCAAGAUUGUAAAUGAUAUUUAUAUUGAAGGAUGACAACUUUUGAUGACGAAUUAAUUAAAUAGUUUAUUCCGCUAUUGAAGUGAUUAAGAAAUCUGGAAUAUUAUUUCGACUGUUCGUUUGUGAAAGGUUGAACGUCGAAGAGCUGCGUGCGAUUUCAAUUGUUUUACAAUUAAUUUGUACGUUGUUGUUCGCUGCUGGGAUCAUGAUGUCCUCGUCCUCUUCCUGUGCCGGUUGGUCGUUGAGCAAACAGUUCCUCGAUCGUUUGUCGGAGGUACUCGCGUCGACAUCCCUUCUCGGGCAGUUGCAGGAAUGUUGCUUGAUGCAGAUGUUUUGUAUUCUCGGGAUGUAUGAUUCGUUGAAAUAGAAAGAAUGUUGCUGUAACUGGAGAUGCGAAGACGGCUGGUGGAGGUUCGACGACAUGUAAGGCAUGUAGGCGGGUAGAGUUGACGUCUGGCUCGUGUAGGAUCGUUUGCUUGUAUCCAAUAAGGAAGUUGAUAAUUGAUGGCAGCAGUUAUCGCU